CAUCAACACACACCAAACCUUAACCUUUCAACGGCCAAACAAAACUCUCUCUCUCUCUCUCUCUCUCUCCCCCCAACUUUCUCUCUCUAAAACCUUCCAAAAAUGGUAUCCAAAAACCCGAACCCGCCAGAAGGUUUCUGCCUGGAUCCGACCAGCAUGGCUCUACCGGGUUUCGGCCCCUUCGCCGCCGUGAACUCGUCGGAAGACGCCUCAAAGAAGAUCAGGAAGCCGUACACGAUAACCAAGUCUAGAGAAAAUUGGACUGAACCUGAACAUGACAAGUUUCUUGAAGCUCUUCAAUUGUUUGACCGUGAUUGGAAAAAGAUUGAAGCAUUUGUUGGAUCGAAGACUGUUAUACAGAUACGUAGCCAUGCACAAAAAUACUUUCUAAAAGUUCAGAAGAGUGGAGCCAAUGAACAUCUUCCUCCGCCCAGACCUAAAAGAAAAGCUGCCCAUCCAUAUCCUCAAAAAGCUUCCAAAAGUGCUCCUGUACUCGGACAAUUACCAGGAUCUUUUCAAUCUUCACCGGCUUUGCUUGAACCUGGAUAUAUAAUGAAAAAUGAAUCCAUACCAAUGCUUGAAACUCCUAUUAUGAACACUGUUGUGUCAUCCUGGUCAAACCACACGUUGCAAAACACCAAUUUGUUACAUGUGCCAAAGGUGAAUAAUUCUUGCAGUAGCACUGAAAGUACUCCAAAAGUGCGGCCGGUUGGUGAAUCUAAUAAUCAAGUGAAUAAAAGCCUUCCUUUGAGAGUUCUUCCAGAUUUUUCUCAAGUAUACAACUUCAUUGGCAGUGUAUUUGACCCAGAAGCAUCUGAGCAUUUGCAGAAACUCAAACAGAUGGACCGUAUAGAUGUUGAGACGGUGCUUCUGUUGAUGAGAAACCUGUCCAUCAAUUUAACUAGCCCCGAUUUUGAGGAUCACGGUUUAAAUAGACCUGAGGGGGAGGUGAAUGUUAUUUAGGCAUACCUCAGGUGAUUGCAAUCCGCAUUAUAAAAAAAGCUGCUUUCAUCCUAUGAAGUUGAUCUAGAGACAAACAGCUAUCUCAAUCCAGAUAGACCGAUACACGACGAGCCAUUGAAGAGUGCUACCACUUAAAUAUAUGGGAUUGGAUCCAUAAGAUUGGUUCAUGUUUUCAGCAAUUGGAAUCCAUAAUUUUGCAUUAGGUAAGGUGCAUUGGAAAGUUCACAAGCUGAGAGGUUCCAGUCACAAGAUCUUGUACUAGUUUGUAAUUGCUGUUGAAGCUAACAAAAGCCUUGAUUCUCUUCAUUCAGUUGGAAUUGUCGUGUAUAUAUAAAACAAUCUAUUAUAAUAGACAAUAAAAAUGUAGAGAUGUAUAGCUUUGUGAAAUUAUUUGAUAGGUGGUUUUGUAGUUUGAAGAAAGAACAAAGAAAUUACCGGUGAUUGGUUCAAAUUGAUAACCUAGAUACUGUUUUGUACUGU